AUGGUUCUUGAUGCUGUUGCUACUUCCGAAAGCGCUUUGUUGCGUGCUCUGGAGAUGUUGAAGGCCACUGCAGGUCCUGGAACAGUUCAUCAUCCGUCCGACUCAAUUGUCACAGGCGAGACAGAUGACAGCGUAGAUGAGUAUCAGCCGGGUCAAAAAGAGUCGGAACAGGAUCACGCGGACGAAACAACAUUAGUUACACUGAAGAAUGCUCACCGGGUCACUCAGCGCGCUAUGCUUACCAUGGAAAGAGAGGGGAAGCAACGCCAUGCAGACGAGCAGGUCGGGUUCAUCAUCAUAAAACGCGACAACAACAAGCCAGAUGCCUAUGGCGAGUCGUCUGAAACAUACGGCCCACUGCCGUGGCCGGGGGUCGCCGAAGCAUACAACAAAAAGUACGAUAUGUCUGUCGGUCCAGCGGCGAUGGAGAAGCGCGCGCGACAACACCGACCUGCUUGGUUAGCCAAACAUCCAGGUUAUCCCCUCAAAAUAAUGUACGCAAAGAAACCAAAGACACAAGCCAUUCGGCGCUCGAAGGUUGCCGCCCUACACGCCCAAGCUCCUUGCGUGCAAGCCUACACCAGCAACCAAAAGGUUCGUGGUCCUACUGAGGUCUCUCAUGCUGACAGACCGCAGAUGCGUGUGGACAAGCGCGAAGGUUCCGUCUCCAAUGAACGCAUCGCCGGAUGGAUGCCUCCAGAUGCCAUUCGAAAUCGAGCAGACGUACAUAACUAUAUAGACGACCUAAUGUCAGCACACGUCGAAAGGGUUGUACUAGAGGUACAUGACGCACAUGACUCACCAUCUGAAGUUGUUAUCGGCGACCUCGAAUACCUUGGUAGCAGCUCCGUGGUGCUUCAGCAAUUAAUGGCUGCCGACAGCGAGACGACAGUACAGGUUGAUUGCUCAUCCCUAGAGGUCGUUCAGUGCUCAGCCGGAUGUUUGACGAAAGCGCCGGUAGAUCUCCAUCACGGAAACGGCUCACUCAUGGACCUGUACUGCUUGGCUGCACAGCUUCAAGACGACGACGUGUGCGGGCUGAUAUUGACACUGUGGCGUAGUCUUGCGGAAAAGAACGUCGAGAUGGAUUUAAGUGUCGAGAGCAUGAACUUGCUCUUCGAAACCACUCGCUACGAGGAUCCAGCCCGCGGAUUUUGGGUUGAUAUCGCCCAUAGAGCGAAAAUAGCUCCUGAACUUAUCAAGAUGGGCGGCUGCAAUGCGGAACUGAUUGCUGCAAUUCAGAGCAAAGGACCAUGA